GGCAGCGGCGGGCGGCCAUGGCGCGGGGAGCCGGGCCGCCGCUCCGGAGGCUGCUGCUGCUGCUGCUGCAGCUCCUGGCGCUGCCCGCCGGCCGCGGAAACCGCACCGGCCCCGACUCCAUGUAUGUCUCAGAGUACUUCUCUCAGAGUGCACAGAAGCUGUCCUUCUACAGCUGGUAUGGCAACGCCAAGCUCUUCCACUUCCACGUGCCAGAAGACACCGUGCUGCUUCGCUGGCUCCUCCAGGCAUCCCGGGGCAAAGGACCUGAGUGCACCAGCAUGGAGAUCACAGUGCACUUUCGCUACGGGGCCCCUCCUGUCAUUAACCCGCUGGGCACUCGCUUUCCUGCAAACGCCACCGUCCGUCCUUCCUACAACAUCAGCAUCACCCUGAGCAGUGCUGUGCAAAACACCACCUUUGUCAAUGUCACCACCCCUGCAGCUGGGGACUGGUUCAUCGCUGCCCAUCUCCCCGAGGCCGCCGGCAGGAUUGAAGUGAAGGGUUUCUCCACUCCAUGCCCUUAUAUGUUCCAAGCAGACAUGUUUGUGCUCAGACUCACUGAUAUGCCCGUGCUGGAGCCUGGUGUGGCCAUGCCACAGACCAUCGUCUCGCCUGCGAAGCCACUGCACGUCAAGGUCUUUGUUCCCAAGCACGCCGCAGGGAUGCGGUUGGAGCUGCUGAGCUGCGUGAGCAGCGAGCACAAAGCCUGUGCUGUGCGGGUGGUGCUGGGCUCCAUCACCCUGCCACAGUCCUUCCAGAGGAUCCUCACCUGCACGGGGAGCACCAACUGCAGCCUGGCCCUGGAUUCACCUCCCUGGGAGAAGUGGCUGCAGAUCAUGGUGGAGAGUCUCGGUGCUGCCAAUGCCAGUGUGCUGGUGGAGGUGGUGGCUUCCUUCACAGCUUGUAGGCCAGGCAGCACCAGUUCCUUCCUUAACUUCAGCAGCCUAAACCAGAGCCACGCUGGUCCCAGAGCAGGUGGCACAGGAUCAGCAGGGAGCUCUGCUCUGCCCGCAGGAGAGGCUUCAGGCAACGCGUCCGACCGGAGGAGCUUCUGCCUGCAGCCGCAGCCCGUCGUUCGUGAGGACCUGGACGUGGUGUCGGUGCGCUACAGGCUCUUGAACGGUCCCAGUGUGCCUGUGAACUCCCUGUCCCCGACCCUCCUCCUCCUCAACCUCAACACUGGCAUGGACAGCGGGGGUUCCCUCGUGGUCAGUCUCCUGCUUAACAAGACAUCCGUGGGCCUGGCCAACGCCUCGGUGGCUGCGUGCGUGAGCGCUGCGUCGCCCGUGCUGUCCCCCAACGCCACCCAGAACUGCAGCACAGCUUUUUUCCAGGGCUACCCUCUGAGCAUGAGCACGUCCUCUGCAGAAGCGAUGCUGAUUGUCCCCUACCCACAGACGGAUGACUGGUUCCUGUCCCUGCAGCUCAUCUGCCCAAAGGGCCAGGGCGCGUGUGACUCCGCGGAAGCCAAAGUGACUGUUUUUGCUUACCUCACCCCCUGCUUCAACGACUGUGGGCCCUAUGGACAGUGCAGCCUCCUGAGGAGACAUGGCUACCUCUAUGCUGCCUGCAGCUGCAAGGCUGGUUGGGGUGGCUGGAGCUGCACGGACGAUACCAAGGCCCAGUCUGUGGGGGCACAGAACUUGGCCACCCUCCUGCUCACCCUGAGCAACCUCAUGUUCCUGCCAGCGAUAGCGGUGGCUGUGUAUCGUUACUACCUGGUGGAAGCCUCUGUCUACACCUACACCAUGUUCUUCUCCACGUUCUACCACGCGUGCGACCAGCCAGGCGUGGCGGUGAUGUGCAUCAUGGACUACGACACACUACAGUACUGUGACUUCUUGGGCUCCGUGGUGUCCAUCUGGGUGACCAUCCUCUGCAUGUCCCGGGUGAAGAAGAUCCUGAAAUACGUCCUUUUCGUCUUGGGGACCCUGUUAAUUGCCAUGUCCCUGCAGCUGGACCGCAGAGGGGUGUGGAACAUGAUGGGUCCCUGCCUCUUUGCCCUCGUCAUCAUGGUUGCAGCAUGGGUUUACCAGGGAGUGAAGCGCAGGCACUGCUACCCCUCCUCAUGGAAGCGCUGGGUUUUCUACCUCCUCCCAGGAAUCACCUUGGCUUUCAUUGCCAUCUCUGUGUAUGCAUUCAUGGAAACCAACGAGAACUAUUACUACACACACAGCAUCUGGCACGUGCUGGUGGCUUGCAGCGUUGCUUUCCUGCUUCCUCCUCGGGACAAGCAUAAAAAGCCCUGGGCCUGGUCACAGAAGCUCACUUGUCGCUAUCAGAUCUGCCAGAACGACCGUGAGGAGCUCUAUGCCGUGACCUGAACUGCUGGGCUCCUGCUGUGGCAGAGCUGGAGAGCUGCUGAGGUUGCUCUUUGCCUGGGCAGCCCCGCUCUCACACGUUGGCAGUCUUCUUAUGUGCUCAGGAGAGUGUGGUAUGGACUAGGUUUAAAGGUGAAGAUGGUGGGCUUUUCUUGUGAAGGCAAGUUUGAGGCCACUUCUGCUUUUCUGCUGGGAUGGGGCAGGCACUUUGUGGUUCUAGAUCAAGGAAUAGCCUGUUCCUCACCUCCCCGUGGCCCUGGGGGAAAUCACCAACCCUUCUUCCCCACCUGCUGCAUCCAUGAGGCUUGGGCUUAGCCCAAAUCGAGCUGGAGCCAGGACUUUGUCUGCUGAGGGCUGUGGGGUGAGGAUUUCCCCUGCUGUUGUGCAAUCAGCAUUUGAACCCAAGAGAAGAAUGGGUUUAUUUUGAUGUGGGAGGGUAGUGCUGCUGUGUGUCCCUGGUGCUGCUGGGGAGAGACCUGAUCCUGGUGCGUGCUGGGCCCUUGGCUGCCAUCUCUGGAAUCUGUCUCUCUGUAAAACAGGAGGUGCUGCUCUUACCUAGUCCUGAUUCUAGGAGAGGGAAAGAAGAAAGUGAUGACCAAGGCCCUGGAUUCAGGAUCAGAUGUGACAGGAAUGUGAAAAAACCCCACGUGGGGACAUGCAAGAGGCAUCAGCAGCAUCUCACCCAGAGCUGUGAAACCUGCAGCAGCGCAGGGUUUAGUCCAAGUUUAACUUUAGCCCUUUUAGCUCAUCUGGAAGGAACCAGGCUGCUGCCCUGUCCCCUUCCUCUCUCAAUGUUCAGGUAUUUACCGUCUUCCUCCCUUUAGUGGGUUUGCAUGUGCACAGCUCUGCCUGUGGCAACGUUAGGUGGCCCAGGAUGGUGUGUGAGCUGCAUACCCCUUUCUCCAGCCUGCUGUGCCUCAGGGGCUGGGUGUCCCACUGAUCUGAGGCCACCAGCAGUGUCCCAGGAGCAUUGCCACAGGCUCCCCAGAUGGCUAUGGUUUCCUUUGCAGUGUCUGUCUGGCCUCAGCCUUACUGUAGGCACACAGACAUCAGAAAGCAAGGGCAGAAGCUUAGCAAUCAGGGAAGUUGUGUUUGCCCAUCCUUAUUCCCUAGAUAAGGGCUCAAAUCCAUCAUUCCUUGCUGGUUUAUUCCAGCAGUGGUGGGUCUGCUGUGUGCUGCUGGGAGCUUUCCUCAGGUGGCUUUUGGGAAGCAGAGAGCUAUUAAUGAAGGACUUGGGACUUGUGUCGGGGUUAUUUCUUUGCUGGGAAGAGCACCCAGCCUUCUGCUCAGCUCUGCACUUUAUCCCUCUGCUUCCUCUCCCCCUGCAAACUCCGACUUUUUAAGCAGAUACAGGACAAGUGAGGGGCAGUGGCCUGCACCCGCCGCUGUGCUCUCGCCCCCUCGUCCCCCACGUCGUCCUCCACCUUUCCUUUGGCUGCCACUGUCAGGGCAGCACAGCAGGAGAGGGGGACGUGGGGCCCUCAGGGUUUCCUCGAACUUUUAUCACCUUUUUGGCACUUUUUUCCCCUCCCCUCCCCUGCCCGGCCCUGCCUGGUCCUGCUGGGGCCCGGGUGCUGCUGCUGACGCCAUGAAGCAAUAAUUCCUCCUCAGGGGUUUCCCCAGCUGUGGAGCGGGAGAAGCUUUGGGGUGGGAAAUCCUGCUAACAUGAUUGUUUUACUUUCUGUUUAACCAUUGAAAUUCUGGGUUUGUGUCACUGUGUGUUACCCCCCUCCACCUCACCACCAUCAGCCCUGGCCCGAGGUUGUGGUGGGUGCUGGGGCGGUGUGUGUGGGGGGGGGAAGGUGUUGUCAUUUUGGGUAAAAUCUGAGUGAAUUCCUGUCUCUGACGUGGGGGUGGGGGGAAAGCCAAAAAUGGUCUGUGGGGUGUUCUUUUUUUCUUUGCUGUUAGUACCUGUGGUUAUUUUAUACAGUCGAUUUUAAAGCAGACGGGUUUAUAAUUUAAAUAAAGGUGUAUCGGUGUUCUGAGGGC